GAAAGUCAUAACGCUUGAGAGAGAGUUAAUCAACUCCUUUGACGCGUCACUCUUCUCACAACCUAUUUUGACUUGCAAUUCUAGCGCCUAUGAGUUUUUUAUGACUGAAAUGAUAUAACGGUCAAUAAUCGUAUGCGCAGGCGUUGCGCAAUUCCUUACAGCGCAAGCUGCUCUAUAAACGAUGGCGCCUAUGGCAGAUGAUGUUUACUUCCCGCCGCUGGAUAAAUGUCUAAAGGACCAAACUCUUUUACUAUCAUGGAAAGAUGUCUACACUUCGCUGCAAGAUAGCGUUGCAGAGCUCCCUCCAGGAGUACACCGUUUUCUUGACGACCCCGAAAGUCUCAAGCUUCUCAAGCGACCGCUAAAGCCUUUCGAUAUACCUUCUGCGGGAACAAAAUCGCGAUUUGAGCAUCUCACUGCAGCUAUCAACAUCACGCCCGAUGAUAGCGCUUCUUAUAAUCUCACUGAGAUCAAGGAAGAUGCUUUGUGGCUGUCUAAGCAAAUCAAGGUCGAUGAAGUGAUCGCGUUGAGAAUUGCGGUUCUGGAAUGGCAGAAGAGGCCAUCUUUGAGCUUGUUGGCGAGACCUCUGGAUGCAGAAACCAAAAUUGACGAUGCCGAAGUUGCGGACAGCGCAUUGAAUCAGUCUAUGUUCGUAAAAUCAACAGCGAAUGGUGAUUCUAAUACCGAUACCCAAAAGGCUGUAUCCGAACAGCAGCAAUUGCAGCGACGGGCACGGCUCGUGGCCCUUUAUCACACCGAGAAGACAUACGUUCUCGCAACUAGCAGGCUCAUUUUCAGCGCACGACGCACAUUGUGGAUAACAGGGCAGACCAGUCAAGCGAUUUUGAACAAAUUGGGUGUCGAAAUUGAAACUUCGUUCCUGCCACGCCGCGAUGGCUCAGUAUUCGUGCAGCAAGCUGUCGACUCAAUCAAGGCCGCGCUCGAGACCGCAGAUGGUUUCGGCGAGCUCUUAGAAUUACUCGGAGACGAACAAGCUUUGCGGACGCAGCUCAAUGAUCUUUUGCUAUUGGAAAUCGUCACUACUCUUGAAACGAUUACCUUAGUAUCAGACAGCAGCGAAAAAGUGUUGUCUGUGGAUGCUGUUCAGCCGUUCUUCCAGCUGAUGCUUGACACGGGUUUCUUCACGCCUAUCAUCACGUCCGCUUUAGAAGGUUCGCCAACACUUGCUACGCUACUUCAGCUCAACCUUUCAACGGCAAGUUUAGCUAUAUUAAAGCUUCCUGCUGCGCUGGAGUUCAUUCGGCCCGACUACAAGGACGAGGAUGUCAUGAAUGCACCGGAAACAAGAGGUUUUUAUGUAUGCAAUCGUUCAUGUCUCAAGACUUUGCAGGAUGCCUUCGUGGUAUUUGCAGAGCAUGGGUGCAAUGCAUCUGCAUUUGCAAUCUUUGCUUGGGUCAUUCUUGUUUCGAAUCUGCAAAUAUUCGCUCAACAGUCUGGCGCCAUCGAGACCGAUGAAGAUACUGAUGGGCUGACUGAUUCGUUGAUACGGCGCAAUCAUUGGCGUACCGAUACCCUUAACGAAGGUUUCCUGGAAAUCAUCAGCCCCGCAGAAUCACUCGGGGAGAUAAUGACUCCUCUCGCUCAAUGCGCAACGAGCCAUCUCGCCGUGUUUCAACAAAUGUCUACUGUUGUCUCCGCUCUUGACAAAUUCUACGGCGAGAGAAUGCUUCGCACUUUUGCGGAGACAACUCGGAAUAUACUCUUUGACCUGUUCCAGCAGUCAGGACCACUCAUACAAUAUACUUCAGAAACCCUUGGUGCUUUCCUGUCCAUUAUCGGCGGCGACCGGUCGUACUGGCAUCUAGUUGAUCGAGAGACAACACAAUUGGAUACAGUUAUCGAAUUUGUAGCUGAUGGAUUGGAAGACGGAUUCAAGGACUACUUCGGCGAGAUGCGGUACAGAUACCCGCGCGAAAUGGGUCCUUUCCAUCAGCUUCUCCGGGCUCUGUUUCUGAAUUGCAAAACAAAUGAGGGGAGAGUCCAAGAUCUAAUGGAAUAUAUCACGCACGCAGAGAGCUUCAUGCUGAAGCUUCCCCCUGGAUUUUCUGGUUAUAGGGAAGAUCCCGCAAGCGUGGAGUUCGAGGGCGAUGAAAUUCCGUAUAAAUUGGUCGAGCGUGUACCCUUUUUUCAUUCGCAAAGGGCAGGUUUGAGUUUCUCCUCUCAACUCGCGAUCACUGAUGGGGGCAUGGGCGACGAUGAAGACGAGAGAUCUGAGACUUGUCUUCCAGUUGGGAGUGUAGGAUCGCUUGUAGCUUCUGGGCGGCCGCCAGUAAUAUGCUUCAACAAGCAUUUCUCUCCACUACGGUAUAUGAUCGGAUGUUUGUGCACCGUCAUUCCUGGUAAUGACUUUGUGGACGUCUCGACAGGUGCUCCGGUACCACUUGAUGACAUUGUGGACAUUCUGGGGCUACUUUCUACAGUGUUACUUGCAACCCAUAAGGCCGGUAUUCCUUAUGGCGAUGGCGGAGUAUCGAUUCUAGACGAAACAUACAUUGAAGCGGAACCACAAAGGAAUCUUCUCGAGAUUGUAGCAGAGUUGUUCGAGGCGCAACUCGCUGCUGUAUCUGUUGCUGGCACGCAAGAGGGCAGUCUAGAUGUCCUCGUCCAGUGCAUACAAUUUUUUCAUGCAGUUGCCCUGACACAUCCUGCACGCCUAUGGCCCAUCCUCGCUCGUAGCAAGUUACUGGAGAUCGAUGGUCGGGGCGGUUAUCUUGCAGCGAUUGUGGCGGCCGUAGAAAUGGUUGAAGGGCGAUACGACCUCCUUGCUGCUUGUAUCCGUCUCUUUGAGGCUUUGGCAGAUGCGUCUUUGUGGCCAGGAGCCGCGACAUCUCCUAGUGAAGGGAGAGCGCUUACACGGUUUAGUGAUAGAAGAGGGAUCCGUGCGGGAGCCGAACCACUCCCGCAGAGGAUGGCAGCAGUGGUGAUAACCUGUUUCACAAAGACACUAUUAGAAGUUUUCACCAGUUCCCGAAGCUGGAGGUAUAUUGACCUAAGGGAUCGAGCGGAGAUCAGUGCGAACCUUGCGGCGUCGUUUGAGAAAGUCCUGAAAUAUGUGUAUGGCUUUGAUGAUGCUGUCGAUGUUCAUCAGAAGGCUGUCGUCUCAGUGCUCGCAGAAGCAGGAGAGACCAUCAAAGAGGUGCUGUUGAAACAGUCCGUCGCACAAGGUCUCUCGGACGCGCUGAUUGACAUGCUGAGUGAUGCAGUAUCCAGCCUUAAGAGGUCGGUAUUUGCAAUAUUCGGCAGGAUGAGCAAGAAGGAGGCCAAUUCAGCGAUAAGUUUGAUAAAUGCCGCCGUUUGCAUCAGGGCUGCCAAGGUUGACACCUCGUUAUCUGGAUUAGAGCAGCAUAUAUACAGGAGCACACCGAUCCUUGUACGGCUUUUCGCUGGGUACGAAGGCUUCAAAGCUCCCGUGUCGGAUCUAAUCCAGAGGCUUACGAAUGCCGCAGCCAUUGCAGAUACGGGAUCAAUGGCACCAUCGCUUUUGGGUAGCUUGAGCCCAAGCUCAGCAAAGGACUUUUUGGCCGUGUUGGGUCAUCUGGAUCUGCCAUAUGAAGAUGUCCAUACAGAGCGCAAGUUGUGGGGGAUGCUCUCCGCGAUCGUCUCGUCGAAUCAGCAAUGGCUCGCGAUAUGCUUACUUACUGGCAAGAUCCCCAAGGAUAGCAAGCGCUUACAAUCUAAAGAUCAACCGUCAAACAGGACCGUCUCACUAUUCUCUAGUGCACUCAACCAGCUCAGCGAGGUCUCACUCGUGGAAGGUCGACCAGUCUGGCGCAGACUUCCACCGGAGCUUGCACUCGAGAUGCUGCGUUUCGUGGCGAGCUGCCAGAACCACUGGGCUUGGGCUGUAUCAGAACUAAGGAGCCAUCCCAAAUUCAUUGAUGCAAUCGCAAAGAAUUAUAUCCGCCACUUGCACCGCGAACCAACCGAUACAACGAUGAGCCUCACCAACGAAGCUGCGAUUGCUGCCACAAUCAGCGAGAUUCUCGCUAUGUACUUGUAUUCGAGUGCGCAGCUUGGUGACUUGGAUGCUGCGGCAAAGAAAAUCAUAGAUCACCUCCAAUAUUUCGAGAGGUUCGGUGUAGCUGCUCCUAAGUACAACGACUCAUUGCACAAGAACUUGAAGGCAAAUCUAGAGAAGCAGCACAAGGGCCUGCGGCUGGAGAAUUUCAAGCAUACGCUUACAUUUCCAACACAUUUCGGUGGAAAUUACUUCUACGACGUUCCAUUUGCCAGCCGCGUUCUCAACGUGCGGCGCUCAGCUAAAAGCAAACUACUCAAGGGCCUAGAGCAGCAUCUGAAAGAAGCGAACGAGGAUCUGUCCUAUGUGGAUGCGCAGAUCUCACUGCUCAGAGGAUGGAAAUUACUCGCUGCUGAGUUGGCAAAGACGGUCAAGCCCGAUACAACGCUCUCCGCCAUGCUAAUCGACGUUGUGGGGCACUGCUUAGAGGAGAACGCGCAGUCAACUGUACCUCAAGCUAUCUUCGAGAAGCUGAGGUUCCAACGUCUGGAGCUUGCACUGAACCUGCUCCAGAAACUGGUUACUCUGGACUUGAAGGAUGUAGAGCAGGUAAACAAGCUGAGGAAGCUGUUUAGCACCACGUGGGAUACGAUUCGGACAAGUGGCUUCGACUUUGACACUGCAUAUGCUGGCGGCGACGUGUCCUACUACCGUGCCUUGUUACAGAUCCUCUUCCUUACUCUGAAGCCACUAACGAAAGCGACCCCAAAUUCCAAACGUGACGCGACAUCCCAUCAGCCGCUUCAAGCAAACGAACUGAUCGAAGUUUUGGUUUACAUUGUGAUCAAAGGCUUCAAAUCGUUGACAGCAGUUCUUCACGAAGAUAUGACACGAGCAUUGCCUGGUGACUUCGUUUUGCUCACAGCAAUGCUGCAGAUAAUUCUUAAGAUUCCUGGCAUCGACUUAUUGUUCUCGCAAUUUUCAUUACACUUUGCGAAUAACAACACGAGCCUCAACGCUACAAGCCUCUUUUCCUGGUCGGACCAGUUCCUGCUUGAUGGAGAUCCGAUUUAUGGCGAGCUCGCCAUCCUCUUCCUUCUUGAGAUGUCCAGCAUACCUCCUGUAGCUGAGACGCUCGCAGUUGACGGAGUGUUAUCACAACUCGCCUCUGCAAAGAUAAUGCGACUGUACACGCGAGCCAAGGGCAUGGGACCUUUUGACAAUCCCACUCGCCUGCACUCGAUUUGGUCUCGUGGCAUCCUUCCCUUGUGCCUCAACCUUCUCGACGCCGUCGGCGCUCCUGUCGCCGCGGAGGUAGUUUCCUUUCUCAACACAUUUCCUGCUCAGCUCAAUCGACUUGGUACGGAACUGGCGAAUCGCAACUCGCCCGUCGGCACUCGACCGAACGAUUCCCAUAUCUCCCUCAGCCUGGCUUCGGAAACUCACUCGCUUUCCCUGCUUUGGCUAGUAGUCGAACGAUAUCGUGCUGCCGGGGUCGCGUCAGGUACCUUGGUGGCGGAACUCCCAAGGCUGGAGUGGGACGAGAGGAGCGUCAAGGACGAUGUGGAUGAUUUCGUGAUGGGAAGAAGUAAUCUAGGCCCACUCGUAGUUCCCGCCAACGAGAGGGAGGCGGAGUUGAUCAGACUGCGGCCUCUUGACACCACGAGCAAAGCAAACAGCAGGCUCGAAGAAAAGAUCAUGGCCGAGUUUAGAGCGGCCAGCGAGUGCUUAAAAGCUGACGCGGCGUGAUUGAGUUAAUUCAGGGUCAGGAUUGAGUUUUGAGAUUGCUAGGCCAGGAAAUCGCUGGAAAGUAGGACUGAGCGGUUCAGUAUAUCACGAGGCACAGGGGCACUGGCGCUGGGGCAGAACUGGGAAACAAAGCAUAGCAGCCAAACACGUUGUUGUUGCCUCCGCACUCUCCUAACGUUCUGCAUCGACUUUCUUGCUCUGCGGAGCACAAUACCAAAUCGCAAGCGUUGUCAAAUUUUACAAUAUGCUGAGCUAGAGCUUAGGUAGAAAGAAAACGUAUUUGAGAUUUUCUCUA